UUUCUUCCCACCACAGAUUGGAUUGAGAGAAAUGAGGAGGCUAACAAGCCAUGAGCAAUUCCUCCUAAAUGUGAAGGAAUUGCUAAGGCAGUAAAGUAGUCCCAACAGAGAAAUCUCCACCUGUCUCUGAGGGACGUGUAUCUUGCUGAUGAAUAAAGUGAGUGUUAGGGCUGAAGGGAGUCAUAACAGGGAAGUUAGGCUGCAAGGUACACAAAAACACUAAGACCAGUUAUUUGUGAGAUGCAUGUUGUUCUCCCAGUGUGCUGUACUUUCAGACUUAAUGAUGCAAUUUUAAUAUCACACUAACAGGACCUUGAUGCAGCACACAGCAUUUUGGAGUGGGAGAACCAAGCAGUGGAUUUGGCUGUUGGGGUUCCAGAAGCAAGCAGGGUGUAAUUUCCACUCUCAUCUUUCUAAGACUAGUUGAUACAUUGGUUAAAGGGUAAGGAACUCCUCGUUUAUGCACUGUGUUGAUUAUUACAGCAGGUCAAUUCACACUGCAAAGAAAAGUCAAAGUUUAAGGGAGUUUUGGCCUCCUUCACUGAAUUGGAACCGUUAAAAAAUAUUUGGAGCAAAGAUGUAGAUAAGUUUUCUGAAGCAGUUUCUGAAAGUAAUUUUCAAGAGUCCCUUAAGAAAUGGUGAUACAAGGGGCAGUGAGGCAACAGGCACCAAAACACAGCGUUCCCCUGGCAGCACUUGUAUGCACAUUCCUAUGUAUGAGAGUGGAAAACCCCGUAAUUCUGGACCUGAAGAUGCUACAGGGCUGGCUGUACUCAGAGGCUUGUAAGCCUUCUACAGCUGUAUCUUUUUCCAUGUACGUUCACUUCCUGCUGCUCUCAGUUUUGCCUCAGAACUGUAGAGGUUUCUUUAUUUAUGAGGUCAGUCAUUUGCUGUUAGAAUUUCUGAAUUAUAAAUACAGUGCAGAAAAAUCUGUUCAGAAACAAAUGAGGAAAACUACCUGAACACAGAUGGACCGUUACCUCAAUGUUUUGAACUGUUACAUCUGAAGCCUCUUUCCUGCACGUGAAAAUCUCUAGAACUGACCAAAUGCCGGUCUUGUCGAAGUGGUUAGGAGUUCAGUUUUCAGUAAGAUGCCUUCCAGCCCUUGUUUUUCAAAUGCUAGCUAGCCCAAGUGUGCUGUGAGGGUGUAACAGUAACACAGUGCUGUUGUUCCCAUGCACGCACUUCCCAAAGAAGCCUUUAUUCCCGACAGCAUUCAUGCACACGGUGCCGGGAAGCCCGUGGCCAUGACGUGGUUGGGAAUUUCAGUGGGAAGUGCCUGUGGGAGAUCCUGGCCUCGCAUCACACAGCCCAGCAGCAGCUGGGGGAAAGGGCCAGGCAGUCUUUGUAAUAAAUGGUGUCCUUAGUCGUAGAACACCCGCUGCGAACUGGAAAGAAGGGCACGCUGGGAAAAGCAACUCUGUGACGUUGGUAGUACGGAGAAAGCUGUUCCACUUCAUCUCCUAGAACACUGACAGCGCGGCUGUCGUUACAGUGUAUCCGCUGCGCACCGGUACUCCCAGAGGCGCCCAUCCCUUCCGGACGCUUUCCCUCACCGGUCAUCGGCUGCCACGCUCCCUCAGGGCCGAGGCUCCUCCGCGCCGCCAGGGGGCGCUGCAAUGCCGAGGCGCCGCGGGAGGCGUGGCUCGCUGCCGUGCCGGGCGCUGCGGGGCCGUGCCGAGGCGCAGGCGGAGGAGGCGGUAGCGCUGCGCGGAGCCCGGCGCGGCUCGCCGCCCGCCCACCGGCACCCGCAGCCAUCUUGAAACUAUGUGGAAAUGGGGUAGUGGAGAUGAUUCUCCUUCCAAAGCAGUAGCUGCGGGCUCACAAGAUGCAAAAAGUAUGUCGGUGACGGAUUUGACUGAACAGCUGGCAAGUACUGAGCAGCUGGUAGUACAGCUAAAGGAGCUUGUUCGAGAGAAGGAUGCUGAGCUUCGAAAUAAAGAUCAUCAGUUAAAGGAGGAGAAGGAAUCUGCUGAUGCCAAACUUUCCAAAGUGAAGCUGCAAAACAAAGCCAAGGUUGCAUCGUUAACCUCACAACUGGAAGAACUUAAGAAACAGUUGUCAGCAUCAGGAGGCUCAGAGGAAAAAGCAGAACCAAAAAAGGCAUCAAGAGAUGGUGACCAGGAAAAUGCUGCAGCAAAUCGUGGGAAAAUAUUGGUGCUGAGAAAGAGAAUUGAAGAACUGGAAUCCCAGAUUACACAAAAAAAUGAAGAGUUACAAAAAAAGGAUGCUGAACUGGAGGCUCAGCGCUGUCGGGGGACUGAAAUGGAUGCCAUGCUGGCAGAGAAAGAAAAGAAGUUAGCUGAAAGAGAUGCCUAUAUCAUCGAUUUACAGAUAGCAUGUGGAUCAGGUGGUGUUAACAAUGAAGUACUCUUGCCCAAUGAAGAGCUGAAGAACGAGCUGUCCAUUAAAGAAUCAUCCCUACAAAGCAUGCAGAUUCUUGUUCAGCAACUUAACAAGAAGGUUGGAGACAGUGAAGAAAAAUGCAGUUUGUUCCAGGAAGAGAUUGAGAGUCUUAAAAAUGUUCAGAGCAAUGAAAGAGAACGUUUCCAAAAGAUGGAAGCUACAUAUAUAGAAAAUGUCCGUGUGCUUCAAAAUAUAAUUCAUGAGAAGGAAAAAGAGCUGGAAACACAGGGAAAAAAGCAUGAGCAGGAGCUCUUUAAAUUAGCUGCUAAAUCUGAUGCAAGUGCUGACUUAGAACAGUUAUUAAAGGCCUUGAAGCAGAAGCUCCAUGAAAAGGAAGAAGUCAUGCUGGGAAGAACACAGGUGAUAGAUGUGCUGCAAAAAGAACUGGAUGCCAAGGACCAGGAGUUGAAAGAGAUUACUGAAAACAUGAAACGUCUGCAGUCUGAAAAAGAAAACCUCCAGUCCAAACUGGAUGCCGAGAGGCAUGUAUUGAGAGCACAGAUAAAAGACAUGAUGGAAAAACACAUGCUUGAAAUGACAAAAGUCAGGGAGAAAUACAAUGCUGAGCUGCAUGAAAUUCAAGAGAAACAUGAAACUGAGCUGCAAGAGAAAGAUCAGGCUCUGUUUCAGCUUAAGAAACAAGUGGCAGAACUAACUGGUAGUGGGCAGACUAACUCAAAAGAUGUUGCAGAUCUAGAGUCUACAUCCAAAGAGAAGAUGGAAGAAUUAGAAGUACAAUUGAAAUUGAAGACAGAAGAGGCCAGCAAAUCUGAAGCUAAGUUUCUGAAAAUGAAGGCUUGGUCUAAAUCAAGAAUCAAGCAGUUGGAAGAUGAGCUGAAAAAUUUUUCAUCGAAGAAUAAUGAUCUGUCAGCCUUGAACAAUCGUGUGUCAGAAUUAGAAGCUGAAAAAGAAGAACUGGAAUUAAAACUGCAAUCAUUACAAGAAAUCAGAACUCAGAACGAAGAAUUGCUGACUAAGCUAGAAAUCUAUGAAGAGCAGCAAAGGAAGUUGCAAGCUGAUCUUGACCAAGUUACAAAGAGAGCAGCUUCACAGGCUAGUGAAUCAGGUAGUGUGGAUGAAUUGCAGAGUCAGCUCUUGGAAUGGCAAGAAAAUGUACCAGAAUCAGAGGAGUCACGUGAUCGAGUCAGAGAAGAGAAAUCUGCUAUGGCUUUGAGAAUGGCUCAGAUUGAGGAGGAGAGAGAAGCCAUAGUCUCAGGGCAACAGGAGCUGGAGGAGGAACUGACCACAGUUCAAGGAAUGGGCAGGCUGGAUCAGGAGGGAAGAAAAAGUAAUCAGACCAACAGGAAUCUGAAGGAAGAGUACAGCUUUGAUAGAAAACAGUGCUUUCAAGAAGCAUUGAAUGUGACCCUGGAUAGCACUGAUUCAGCUGAAGGAGAAAAUAUGGGAGGUUGGUGGCCAGAAUACACUUCACCUAAUGCAGGUUUAAGGAGUGUAGUUGAAGAGUUGGAAUUGGAAAGAAAUCAACUGCAGGAACAAAUUCUGUUUCUAGAAGAACGUUGUCAGGAUUUGGAAGAUAGAUUGCAGCUUCAGGGUAGAAUGGAAGCUCUGCAGGUAACGUUUGAUGUAAAGGAAGAAGGGCAGCUAUUGAGGGCGGUACAGAAUGAAAAUGAACGUUUUCAAAGUCAGCUCACCCAGUUACGCAAUCAACAGAUUCGAGAUGCCGAAAAGCAUCAAAUUCUGAUCUCUGGCUUGAAUGAGCAGCUAAAAGGGCUGAGCGACCGUAAUAGCUUCCUUGAAACUUCACUUGGAGAAAAAGAAGAAAAACUGCUAAGCUUAACAGAAAAACUAGAACAAAUUGAAACUUUAAGAAAACUGCUUCAAGAAAGGGAUCUGUUGAACAAAGAGCUGGGAGAGAAAUUUGUGCAUAGUGAACAAAACCUGAAAGAAACCUUAAAGAAAUGCAGUGUGUAUGAAGUGGAGAACGCUGAGCAGAAAAAAGUCAUCAGUGAUCUAACCGAAAAAGUUGCUACGCUGAAGGAAAAGACUUUGAAACAAGAUGAUAUGGUGGAAUCAAUGCAGCUGGAUCUUGACCAGACAAAUGAGGAACUUGACAAAUUGAACACAAGCCAUUUAGAAGAACGAUCUCAACUUAUUCAAGAUCUCCAGAAACGUGAAAGAGAAAUUGAUCAUCUUAAAGAAGCACUGGCAGAAAAAGAGAAGGAGUUAUCUGCCUUGUCUUUGAAUAUGACGGAAUAUUCAGAACAAGUUAUCGUCCUGAAACAUCAAGUGCAAUGCAAAAAUGAAGAAAUACGAGGGAUAGAAGAGGCUUUAUCAAAGGCUGAAAGGGAGGCUGAUUUGCUGAAAGAAGUACAAACAGCCGAUGUAAGAGAUACAAGUGUGAAAAUAUCUGUCCUUUCUGAGAAGAGUAAUACAAUGAGACUAGAACUGGAAAGAGUUAGAGUUGAAAAUGAAGCUAAAACCAAAGAAAACGAGGAACUGAUAAGACAAAUCAAUGAGUACAGCAUUACAGUUAAGGAUCUCCGUUCUGAAAUCAAUGCCAGUCAUGUCGCAUACCAUAACAACCUUAUGGAGUGUGAGUCACAAAUUACUUUGUUGAAAGAACAAAUUAGCAAAUCAUCUGAAAAGCUACAAGAAACUGAGACUAAACAAAGAAAAGAAGCUGAAUAUUUGAAAUCUCAGAUUGAGGAAAAUAACACUCUGAAAGAAAAAUGGAACAGUUUGCUUAAAGAGAGAGAGAAUAAAGAACAGACUCUUGAAAAUGAGUUAAAAUCUAUUAAAGAUUCAUACAACAAACUAGUUUUGGAAGAUGCUAAAAAAGAUGAAGAGUUGGCUCAGUUAUCUAGGAAGCUCGUAGAACAUGCUGAACACCAGGAAACAAUUAAAAAAGAAUUACAGGAGAAACAAGAGAUCAUUAUUUCAUUAGAUAAGAAGCUUGAGUUUUUGGAGCAACGAAAUGAAGAGACUAAACUUAAAUUAAAUGAAGAUCUUAAAGCCAAAGAGACAUGUUGUGAAGAGCUUACUAACCAAUUAAGUGAAAUACAGAAACAAAUGAACAAGAUGGAAAUAGAGACACAGGAGAAAGCUUCAGCUAAUAAGCAGUUGCAGGCGGAUCUUGAGGGGAAAGAAACAAAAUUGGCAGAGCUAGUGAAAGCAAAUGAACAUCUGAAAAAAAGUAUAGGUAAAGUGAAAAAAGAGAAGCAACAGUUAGUCAGUGAAAAUGAGAAUUUGUCCAAACUUCUGGAUGUGAAGGAAUGUGAAUUAUUAAAGAAAAUCCAGGCUGUGGCAGAAAUAGAAAGCAAGUUAUCUGUCAGCGAUGCUGAAUACCAAAAAACUCUUUCAGUACUAAACUGUGAAAAAAACACUCUAGCAAAAGAAAUUGAACAACUCUCAAUAGCUGCAAAGCAAAAAGAAAAUUCAGUUGCAGAACAGCUGCAGAAGAAAACAAAGGAAUGUAAUGUGUUAGCUGGUCAGUUGCUUGAAAGCAAGGAACAAGCACAACGGUUGAAUGAACAAAUGCAAUCAGUUCUCAUUCAACUGAAGGAUGCUACAGACAAAGAAACAAAGAAAGAAGAAAUGUUUAAUAGUAAGUUAUCUGAAUGCAGUACCCUAAUACAAGAGCUCAACCAGAGUAAGGAAAAUAAUUUACUGCUGCAGGAGCAAGUUCAAAGCUUAACUUUGGAUUUUGAAGCUAAGAGCAAGUGUCUAGAAGAAAAAAUCCUUCAAUGUGAUUCAUUGCAUGAGGAAAUUAAAGACAGUAAAUCUUACAUUGUACAGUUGCAGGAAGAAAUUAAAAAUCUUGAAGAGGACAAAUCAAAGUUAUCUCAGUGGGUAGGGGAAAGAGAUGUGACUCUAAAAAGUCAGGGUUCAGAACUUGAAAAGUUUCGUAAGCAGGUUUCUGACAAAAUUGAAGAAAGUACAGUGUUAAAUAAUCAGCUACAGCAAGUAAGUAAAGAAGUGACUGAGCUUAAGCAUAAAAAGGAGGACCUUUCAAACCUAUUGAGCAAGAAGUCGCAUGAAUUUGAAAUUCUUCAGUCACAGUUGCUACAGCAACAGUCUGAUACUACUUCUGCAAGGCAACAAGCACACACAGCAGCUCUAGAAAAUGAAAAAUUGAAAGUAGAAAUUGAAAACCUCAAUGCAAUGAUAAUGAAAAAAUCAGAAGAAAUAGCUACUUUAACUUCACAUUUGUCCCAACAGAAUCACAGUAUUUUAGUUCUGAAGGACCAAAUUGAUGGCCUAGUGGUUGAAAAAGAAAACCUAAAAACUCUCGUAGGAGAAAAAGAAACUCUUAUUUCUGAGAAGGACAUUUUGCUACAACAAAUGAAGGAUAGUAAAAUGGCAGGAGAAGGGCAAUAUUUGCAAGUCAUUUCAGAUCUGCAAAACCAAAUACAAACCCUAGGUUUUGAAACCAGCCAGCUUAGACAGACAAUGCAGGAAAAAGAAAAUGAAUGUAAGAGGCAAGCUCAAGAAUUAAAGGUACUAAAAGAUAAAUCUGAAGAGUCUGAUAUGCUUAGGGUUCAACUGUCUGAGAAUAUGGAGGUUAUUUCUGACCUUCAGUAUCAACUUAGAAAUUUGACAGAAAAAGCAGCACAGUUGAAUGAUUCAAUUGCACAGAAGGAUGAAUGUUUAAAACAAAAGAUAGAUGAAUACGUUAGUUUAAAAGCAUGCCUUUCUGAUGUACAGGAAUCAUCCAUUUUGCAGCAGAAACAGUUAGAGGUUUUGACUUCAGAAGCAGAACAGUUAAAAUUACUUGUUUCAGAGAGAGAUUUAACUGUAAAUAAUAUUUCAUUAUUCAGUGAGAAUUUAAAGAUGCAACUUCAACAAAAGGAGAAUGAAUGUGUUCUCUUAAAGAAACAGGUAGUGGAGCUAGAGGAAGUAAAAGUGAAUUUACAAAAAGAAGUACAACAUCAGAAGAAUGUAAUAAUAGAGAAGGAUCAGUCCUUAUCAGAAAACGAAUCAUCUCUUACAGAAAAUAAAACUCUUCUCAAUGCUCUGAAGGAGAAAGCACGGGAAGAUGAAGAGAAGAUAGAUUUAAUCUCUCAACUCCAAAGUCAAGUACAUGUACUAACACAAGAACUACAAAAAUCUAAGGAACUAGUCCAGGAGAAAGAAGAUGCCUUUUUGUCUCUUCAGGAAAAAAUUGAAGCACAGUAUGAACUAAGAACUGAGUUUAAUGCAGCUCUUAAUAAAAAAGAAGAUGAUAUUGCCGAACUGCUUAAUUCUGUGAAGGAGAAGGAUUCCAGUCUACAGUUGGCAAAUAAAAACAUAAGUGUUCUCUCUAAUGAGAUUGAGAUUCUCAAAGAAAGAUUAGAGAAAAGUGGUACAGCUAUGAAAAACCUUACUAAAGAAUUUCAGGAAAAAAAUGAAAGCUUUAAUAUUAAUCAGAAGAAAAUUGAUUCUUUGACAGUUGAGCUUGAGACUGUGAAAAGUGAACAUCGUAAAGCACUAGACCAAAUAAGUACAUGGAAACAAGAAUUACAGCAAAAAGAAUUGGCUGUAGAGUCUCUGCGUGUGACCUGCACUGAGCAGGCAGAUAAUAUAGCAUGUCUAAAGUUGGAGUUGAAUAAUGUAAAUUCGAAAUCAUCUCAAGACAGCCACGAAAGUGCACUUUUAAUAGGUAGUCUGCAACAUCAAGUAGAGGCUUUAGUGAAUGAAAAAAAUACGUUACAAGAAGAUGCUGCUAAACUCAUGGCUGAAAACACACAACUUGUUGCAUCUCAAAAUCAUUUGGAAAAGAAAUUGGAAGAGCUCCAAGAAAUGAAUGGAAAACUAGAAGCCAGUGAGAAUUACUCAAGAAUGCAGAUAGAUGCUGUCCAACUGCAGAUGAAGACUGAAAAAGAGAAGUUACAGAUGCAGGUUAGUGUGAAGGGUGAAGAACUUUCUAAUUUAGAACUUAAAUUUGAAAAUCUAGAGCAAAGUCUGCUUGAGUCAGAAAACAAAUGGGUGACGGAACUUGAUAGGGCAACUUUAGAAAUUAAAAAUCUUACUGAGCAAUUGAACUGUGUAGAAAGUGAAAUGAAAUCCAAGGAUAGCAAAAUCCAGUCUUUACAGGAGGAACUGGAUCUUACCAAAGAGGAAAUAACUCAAAGCUUAUCUCAGUUACUUAAUAGUAGGCUUUUAUGUAAAGAAAAGAAUGCACAGACUUCAGAUUCCCAACUGCAGCUAACUGAUGGUAAAAUGCAAUUGGAAAAAUUCUCCACUCUGAUAUCCACUAUUUUGAGCAAAGAAGUAGAAAGAGAACAGUUGCAGCUGGUUCUUUUAGAAAAACAGAAAGAAAUAGAUAUAAUAAAAGAUGAAUUAAAAAGUAUGCAGUCACUUGAGAAAGAGAAGGAGUUGCUACAGAAUGAUAUUGAUAAAAUGAAGGGUACCUAUGAAUCUGAAAUUGAAUGCCUAUCACAGGAAAUGAUUGCUGUCAAGGAAACUUUAUGUAAACAACAAUCUCUUUUGCAAGAAAAGAAUAUGCAGAUUGAAUUUCUUCAGGACAAGAUAAAUAAAUCAGAAGAAAUAGUAAGGACCAGUCAAGAAAAACUGCAUGUUGACAGUAAAAAAGUAGCAAGCCUCCUUGAAGAUAUGGGAAGAAAAGAUCAACUCAUAGAGGACUUAACUUCACAAGUAAAUCAGCAAAAGGAUUUAAUUUCUGGUCUAAGCCAGCAAAUGAAAGAAAAGGACUGUUCUGUUACCCAGCUCAUGGAAUCAUUGUCUAGUGAAAUGCUGAAUUUUUCUGAAGAGAGGAAUAUGUUAAGCAGCAAACUGCAGGCUCUUGAAUCUGCUCAUAAUCAUUCCAUGGGAGAACUAAAUAGAGUGUUGCAGGAAUUUGAGGACUGUAAGAAAGAGCUGGAAUGUAGUCAGGUUGUAUUAAGCAACAGAGAAGCUGUUUUUAAAGAUUUAAUGAAAGAAAAGGAGGAGAUGUAUCUUAAUCUUGAGAAACUUGGCAAGGAAAAAGAGAAUCUGAAGAAGAAACUUCAAGCAGCAUUGAUAAUAAGAAGAGAUCUAAUGCAGAAAGUUGAAAAACUAGAGAAGAGUGGGCAGGAAGAAAUAGAGAAAGAGAAAGGAAAAAGAGAGGGGUUGUUGAAGAAAGUUGAGGAGUUAACAGACAAGCUGAAACUAGUUGAAGAUCAAAAUAAAGGUUUCGAGACCUAUCUUGGAACUCUGAAGCAACAGCUUAGAGAAAAAGAUGUCAAAAUAAGUGACUUGAAUGAUAUCUUGUCAGCAAAGGCCACUCAUUUAGAGGAACUUCAGGCCAAUAUUGCAAAACUAAAUGAUGUCAUUACUGAAAAACAAAUUAUCUGUGAGCAGAACCUGAAAUUGUUAGAGGAAAAGGAUAACAUGCUUGCUCAUAUGCAAAGUAUGCUUGAUGAAAAAGUGAAUGCGUAUGAAGAGCAACAUUCUCAGCUCUUAAUAGCUCUUGAAAUGAUGAACUCUGAAGUUAAGAAGGAAGAAUUGUUGAAAAAUUCCAGUUCUGAAGAGCUCAGUGCCAGGGACAAGAGAAAGUGUUUGGACUCCAGCAAUGAAACUAAUGUAAUUCAGUUAAAAAAAGAAAAAGAAGACUUACAGAGGGAUCUUUUGGUCAGGGAAGAAGAUAUAAGAAAAUUUCAGAAAGAGGGGACAGAGGACACUAAACUUACAGCAGAUUUUGAUGAACAAAAACACUUGAAGAAUGUCAAACUAGAGCAUAAAGCUCUCUGGGAAGAUCUUCAAAGAAAAUUUAAAGAGUUUGACUUGAAUCAAUUAGAAAAGCAUCUUGGGAAAGAGCUUGUCUCUCCUAAGACAGGAGAAGAAGAAAGUGACCUGAAGAAUUUGGAAUCCAACAGAUCAAGAAACAAGGUUCAGACUGCAUCCUUUAAAGAGUCAGAAAACCUAAUCACUUCAGUGACAAGUAAAGAUACUGAAUUGGAAGAACUAAGAGACAGUUAUGCAAAGCUUCAGGAGGAAACAGAAAUGUUAAAGGAAGAGCUGAGAAAAAUAUUAGUUGAAUUCGGUGGUGGUGAAGAAAAAGCAGUUGACUUAAACUCCAUGAGACAACAGGAGCAGUACCAGGAACAAUGUAAAGAUAGCCUUUUGGAGGAUAUAAAGCAGCUACAGAAAAAGCUGAAAACAUUCUUGACUGAAACUGCAGACAUGAAGAUGGUGCUGGAAUGUGUAAAUAAUGAGAAAGAAACACUUGUUAAAAAAAAUGAGGAGAAUUACAGGAUGAGCCAAGAGAAGCUGCAGAAACUGAGAAAGGAAGCUAAUAAGGAAAUUGCAGAAAAGAACAAAGAAAUAGAAGCAUUGCAUUCUUCAGUUAAAGAUUUUAAGGAGAAACUUGAUCUUGAAAAGGAAUUGUUAAAAGAAGCUCUAAAGGAGGGCCAAGAAGAAAUCCACCGUUACAAAGCAGCAUUUGAAGAAGUGAAGAAUGAAAAAGAGGAACUUGUUCAUCAUUUAGAAGAGUCUAAUUUGAAACUAAUCAAUAAGAAAAGGGAGUUAAAGCAUGUCAGCGAAGAAAACAAAAAACUUCUGACAGAACUUUGUUUGCUACAUGAGAAGGCUGAGAUAAGUACUCCUGUAGUGUCAUGCAAAGAGUUUAAAGAAGAAAAGGAUACUGAAAAAGAACUGGUAGAGUUUUGUUCAGAAGGUGGUUCUCUUCAAGGAAGAUUACAAAGUGAAGGCACCUCUUUUCAACUAUCUAAGACUGGUUACUCUGGGAAAACUAAUCUGAAAGAAGCAGCUGACUAUAAAACCAAGAAAGAAAUGGAAAUUGUUCAAGAACCACUUGCAAAAACUGUUAAUGUAGGUGAUUCUAAACCAGAAGGACAAAGGACUAUAGGAGAAGAGAAGUCCAAAGACCACCUUCAGAGAAAAUUACAAGCUGCUUUAAUAUCGCGUAAAGAAGCUCUGAGAGAAAAUAAAUAUCUAAAAGACCAGAUUGAUAAGCUGUUAUUGGAGAGAGAGGAACUGGUGAACAAGACAAGUACGCUUGAACGCUUGUUGUUAGACCUUGGUAGAGAAAAGCAAAGUUCAAAUACUGUUUCUCUGUUGUCUGAAGAGGAGAGCCUUAUUUCUGAAAAUGCUAGACUGUUGGCUGAAAAUGAAAACCUCACUGCUGCAUGUGAAAGUCUUAAAUCUACGAUGGAGACAAUAGUUCAGGAAAAAGAGGCCUUUUCUUUCCAGCUAAAUACCUUAAAAGAUUCUCAGACAGUUGAAUUAACAGGUUGGAAGGCUAAACACAGUGAAUUAAAACAAGAGUAUGAAUCCCUCCUUCAGGCUUAUGAGAAUAUCAGUAGUAAAAUAGCAGAUAUGAGGCAAGUUGUUGAUGUCACUAGAAAAGAGAAACAAGAGGCUAUUCAGAGGCUCAGGGAAGGGGAAUCUGAGAAGGAGGCUCUUGAGAAACAUUUUCAGAAACUCAUUGAUGAAAAUGAAGUGAUUAAGGAUCGGCUGAAAAAACUCAGUGAAUCUAAGAAAUUGGAAGUUGAUGAAUUACAGAGUAAAGCAAAAAGGCAGAUAUGUGAACAAGAGGCAAGAAUGGAAGAACACCAGGCUCGUCUUCAUGAACUCACUCAACAGAAUAAUCAGCUAAUGGAGGAAAAUGAACAGCUGAAACAAACUUCGGAAAACUUAAAGCAGGCUUUAGAGAAAAUUCAGGAUGAAAAUGACAUCCUUCAUAAUAACAUCACUGUAACUAAAGCAGCUCUGGGAGACCUCCAAGUUCAAAUGGAAGUGUACCAAAAUGAUAUGCAAUCUAAAAUCAGAGAUGCGUUAUAUGAGAAUGAAUCAUUGUUAAAAGACGUAAAUGUGCUAAGAGAGAAACUCUCUGAAAAGGAACAAGAAAGAAAAUUAAUUUCAGAAAAAGUGAAAGAAACUGAAAAGUCUUUGGAUCAUAAAAAUCACUGUAUUACAAAGCUGAACAUGGAGUGUAAAAAUCUUACACGAGAAAUUGUUAGUCUAAAUGAAAAAGUUAAGAUUUUAGAAGAUGAUAAAUGUCUCUUACAGGAGGAAUUAGAAAAUGCACAAGAAAGUUCUUACAAAGUAAAGAAUGAGAGGGAAUUCCUUGAGACAGAAUUGCUUAAUCAUAUUAAAGAGGUUGAUCAUCUUACUGAUACAAUGAAAUCAGCACAAGUGCAGAAUAAUGUGCUUUUACAGCAACUGGAAGAAUUAAAGGCAGAGAAGUGUAAUGCGAUUAGAGAAAAAGAAGAACAGCAGCUACAACUAGUAAAACUGUUUGAGGAGAAGGUGAAAUGUGCACAGAGAGAUAAUAGUGGAAAUAAAAACAGAACAAAAGAAUUGCAAGAACUCUUAAAGGAGAAACAGCAGGAGAUCAACCAUUUGCAAAAGGAUUCUAUAAAAUUCCAGGAGCUGAUCCUGGAUUUGGAAAGGUCUGUGAAACUGUCACAGUCAAAAAAUGAAAAAUUUGAAAAAGAUUUAAGUAAUAUGUCAGAAAAGCUUACCAAAUCGAAUGAAGAAAUAUCCCAUCUCAAUGAAAAGCUGUCUUCACAGGUGAACUUGUUGGAUCAGUCAAAGAAAGAAGUAGACAGGCUUACAGCUGAGAAUCUUAAUUGGAGAAAUGAACUUAAGAGGAAAGAAGAUGAACUAGAAAUCCAGAAGAGAGAAUAUGUGACAGAACUGGAGCUAAAUCUUCAACAAUUAAAACUGGUUCACAAAGGAGAAUUUCUGAACCUAGAGGAAAGGCACAGUGCCCUUCAGAGAGAAAAAGAUAGGGCAAUUAGUGAGAUUCAAGGAUUGCAAGAGGAGGUGAGCUUUAAGGACUCUGAAAACAAGAAGCUUCAGGCAGAUUUGAAUGCAGCUUUGGCACGCUUAGCUGCUUUUGCAAAGUGUAUGUCCUCUCUUCAAAAUGACCGAGACAGGGUAAUCACUGAAAUGAAAACCUGGGAAACACAGUUCAAAGAGGCUAUCCAGAGUAAAGAGAUACAAAUAGAAAAUAGUAACAAAAGAAUAAUGUCCCUGCAAGAUGAAUUGAAAGACAAAAUGACUCAGAUUCAGGAACUGAAUAUCAAAUAUUCUGUGGGAGAGGAAACAAAGGAUGAACUGUACUUCCGGCAAAAAUCUGCUAAUAUACCAUGGCAUGAAGAGCUCCGCAAAUUAAAGGAAGAAAAUAUACUUUUUUUUAAUAGGCAGCAAGAGUUGGAGAAAGCUCUUCAGUCAAAAGAAGAAACAUUGCAAGCACUCCUUAGAGAAAAUAACUCUCUUAAUCAUCUCAUAGAGAAUAGUAAAAGUUCUGGAAGCAAGAUAAAAGUACUGGAAAAUAAUUUUACAAGACAAGAACAAGAACUGCAAAACCUUCUUGCUGAAAAGGAAAAAAUUCAUGCUGAGUUGAAAAAACAAAUUACCAUUUCUGAGCAAAUGAAAAUCAUGCUGAAUAAUAAAGAUAAAGAAAUUUCCUUACUCAUUUCUUCAAAAAGUGAUGGAAUUUCUGACUAUCUGGUUCAGGUACAGACUCAACAUAGAGAACAAAUCAAAGAAUAUGAGCGUCAGUUCCAUUUGCUGCAGAGAGAGAGAGAACAGUCUGAGGAAUCCUGUCGAAAGAUGGAAAAUGAACUGAGAAAUCUCCAGAUGAAAGCAGAUAAGGCAGGUCAAGAUAAAGCUGCAAUUGCCAGUGAACUAGAUGCUUUUAAAAAGUCGAUGUCAUCUCUUCAGAAUGAUCGCGAUGAUCUUUUUUCUAAAUACAAAGAGCUGGAGCAUCUUCACCAAAAUGUCGUAAAUCAACGAGACAAUCUUAUAGUUGGCAAUGCGAGUGAAAAUAAUGCUUUGAAACAAGAAUUAAGGGUACUACUUAAUCAGAUAGAUGAUCUUCAUUCUGAAAAUGCAAUGCUAAAUGCCCAGCUAAUAAAGUAUAGGGAAGAUCUUAACCAAGUUUUAUCUCUGAAAGAUCAUCAAUUAAAAGACUUACUGAAGCAAAAAUUAGAUUUCAUUAAAGGCCUUGAACAGGAAAAAUAUGAUCUUCAGAAACAAAUAAAGGAGGUGCAACUGUCCAGUCAACUGCAGAUGGAUACUGUUGUAUCUUUGGAAAAUGAAAAUAAAAAAUUAGUAUCUAAAGUAAAUGAUUUAGAAUCUUUAAUUGCAUCAUUAAACAAAGAGAAACUUGUUUCUGAGUCUGGAGAGAAACUGUUAACUAGUGGUAGCAUUCAGAAGAAAAAAAGUGCAUCCAAUGGACUGUAUGGAGAAAAACUUCAGAAGAUUGACGAUGUCCAGAAAUCACUAGGCAGAAAUACUAAGGAUGCAGAUGGGGAAUACAGUAAGACAUUUCAGAAACGUCAGCAUGGAUAUGAACCCGAUGCUUUUACAGAGAUGAUAGUAGAAGUUCAAUCUCAGAAUAGAGAGCUGAGAUCCCAGAAUGAGGCCUUUGGCAAAGCAAUGACUGCUCUGCAAAAUGAUAGAGAUAGGAUAAUUGAGGACUUAAAUAUACUUCAGAGCAAAUACACAUCAGAACUCAAGUCUGAAAAAAAGAAAGGAGUUGAACUUGAAGCUGAGUUUAGUAGCUUUAAAUCCCAUCUUGUCAGUAUACUCAAGGAAAAUGGUCUUCUGAAAAAGGUACUUUUUGAUCCUGCAAAUAUGGUUACAGUUGAUCAGAUUGCCGACGAAAUUGAAAAUCUCUGUAGGACAUUUGUCACCCAUGAGCUGGAGAUUAGCAGGCUUUCAUCUGAAUGUGGGAAUUAUGUUCAGCAGAUUGAAGCGUUUUCCAAGGCUAUGGCCAGUCUUCAGGAUGACCGAGACAAAUUGCUGCAGGAACUCAGCAAGCAGAAGGUAGCUUCUGAAACUAAACAGGGGGGCACAGCUUCAUUUCCCAUUGCUUGCAACAGCAUCAAUGAUAUAAAUUAUUUUAAAAGUAAUUUGGAUGUGCCUCAGAUCAAUAGGGAGAGAUUGGCUAAAGAAGGAGCCAGUCUUGCAACUCUUGAAAUAUCAAAACUGAAGGCCAAGGUUGAUGAUUUGGAGAAGGCAUUGCAUCAGACAAAAGCCUUCCAAGCAGAAACUGAGAGAGAGAUUGCAUCAUACCAAAGUGAAAUUGCUGGAUUGAGGAUGGAAAAGAACCUCCUCCUCUCAGAGUCCCAAGCACUGCGAAAUCAAUAUCAAAUGACAAUUGCUGAGAAAGACCAUCAGAUUGCAGAACUGCAGAAGCUGCAAGAAGACAUAAUUGUUAAAAAAUCAAUCUCCACUGGCAACAUUUACCCAGUCAAGGUUUUAGAAACUGCCUCCCUUGCUGGAGGUGCAGACACCCCUGAGGAAGUCAAACAUGUUUUGGCUGAAAGAAAUCAGCUUCAAAGUGAGCUACAGCGCUGUCUUCAGGAGAUGCACCAGAAGGAUCUGCAUUUACAUCAGAUUAAUUCAAAGAAUCUGCAGUCAUCAGAAGAGAAUGCUGUGUUGUCCGCUCAGCUGAAAACUCUAUCUCAGACUCUAAGGGAUAACCAGCUUCGUUACACUGAUUUGCAGAAUCGUUAUUUAAGACUGGAGAGGGAAUAUCAAACAAUGCAGGUGACAUCCUUUCAGGGCACCAUUCAGGAUGAAACUAGAGCAGAAGUUCCCCCUGGAGCACCACAGGAAAGAUCUGCAGUUAUUGUUGAAAUAGACAAUAUGGAACUAAAUGAACUCAGAAAAAGGCUUGCAGACACUGAGCAACAAUAUGAUUCAGUGCAGCAGGCUCUCUCACAGCUGACACAAACACUAGCAGAAGAAAAGAGAAGGAGAGAAGCUGCAGAAGAAGCUCUUGGACUCUCCGAAGAGCUAAGUAACAGAUUUGAAGUCAGUAGUUACAGGUCUGUACCUAGCGAAUACACUGUUCGGAUGGAAACUGAGGAUGAAAGGGAAGCCUUAAUCAUCAAUCCUAGUGAACAUGUUACUGUAAGAAAGGUGAAAAGAGGAGCCCUUUCCUUCAGAAGAUGGCUCCGAGGACGAAGUCUUACCUGUUCUAAGCUGCUGACCUCCAGAGCAAAAUCCCGCUAUUUAUUCCUUACGUACCUGGUUACACUACAUCUUAUUGUUUUAUUGUGCCUCACUGGUGUUCUCUGAAUACACUGCAUUUUCUGAGUAAAUUAUUUUCUUAUCGGUAAUGGUGUGCCAAUUCAAGAUAAUAGAUUUUUCACAUGCUGCUGUUAAGCUAUGCACUGGACACAGUUGUAUAUAUUCUUGUUACACUGUAUGAAUCUUGAGCUUCUUGUAAGAAAUUUGUGUAUAUCACAGUUGUCCCAAAGUUGACUUGAAUUGCUCUUUAACAGUGGGGUAUUAUAUUUGCUAAGGAGAAAAUAUUGCCCUUAUUUGCCCUAUAAAGAAACUGCUGCAUACUAGUUAUUUAAUAUUGCUUGUGAGUACAUAAUGAAUGAUUACUACUGAAUGGGUUGUAAAUGAUAUCUUUUCUAAAUAAAUUUUAUUUUAAGAGUUGAACUAUACAUUUUAAAGGAAUAUUCAGCUAUUACUGUUUAUUGGCUUCUUGACUACAACAGGAAGUUCCACAGAGUGCAAUAAAGAAAGAAGAACUGGAUUUUGAUUUC